CCCAAACGCCGCGCGGUGGCCCCGCCCCCGGAGCCCCGGCAGGACCGAGAGCUUGUCCCCCGCGGCGCCCCAGUGACGAAGCCCAUCCCUGGGUGCGUGGGGCGGGGAGGGAGGGCAGGCUGAGGAUUUCUCUUGCCGGUAGCGGAUCCGGGACGCGCCGCCAGCAACAGAGAUAUAGACUGGCAGUUUCGGAUCCAAGGACGGUGAUGGCAAAGCUUACUCGGGCUGCCUGUCAAAUCAGACCUGUCACGGAAUAAAUCCCGCUGCCUGCUGUGAAGCCCCUGCUCACUGCAAACUUAGCGAACAGGGUAAUCCGUGUCUGGAUAUGCAGAGAUCUGAUUUCAAAGGCUGGGUGCCCCCCCGGAGCGCCUCUCCCGCGGGUCGGAGCCCGCAGGUGCAGUGAGGUGCGCGCGGGUGCCGGCGUCCCCAAAGCCGCCUCGCCCCGGGGGAGGGAUCCGGGCGCCCAGCGGGGUCUGGCUGCCACGCACCGGCGGCGGCGGCUUCUAGGCAGCGGCUGAUGAUGGUGGCGGCCGGCGUGCUGGGCUGUGCCUGUGCGUCGCCGCGGAAAUCAGCGCCGGGCGCUGCACCCUGAGCCUUUGCAGGUCCGCCGCAGCCAGAACCUGGGAGAGGACAGAGCCGGCGCGCAGGGGCCGCGGACCUGCGCGCGGGAACCCGGGGGGCGCGCGGGGUCGGCUUAUCAUGGCGGAUCGGACAGCUCCCAGCUGCCAGCUGCGGCUGGAGUGGGUGUACGGGUACCGGGGUCACCAGUGCCGCAACAACCUGUACUACACCGCCGGCAAGGAGGUGGUCUACUUUGUAGCUGGGGUCGGGGUGGUGUACAACACCCGUGAACACAGCCAAAAAUUCUUCUUGGGACACAACGACGACAUUAUCAGCCUUGCCUUACACCCAGAUAAAACUCUGAUUGCAACUGGCCAAGUUGGGAAGGAGCCAUAUAUAUGCAUAUGGGAUUCCUAUAAUGUCCAGACUGUGUCUAUUCUUAAAGAUGUCCAUACCCAUGGAGUUGCGUGCCUGGCUUUCGACUCAGAUGGACAGCGUUUAGCCUCUGUAGGAUUGGAUGCCAAAAAUACAGUCUGUAUUUGGGACUGGAGGAAGGGAAAACUUCUGGCCUCAGCCACAGGCCAUUCUGACCGGAUUUUUGAUAUUUCCUGGGAUCCAUAUCAGCCAAAUAGAGUGGUGAGCUGUGGAGUAAAACAUAUAAAGUUUUGGACACUAUGUGGAAAUGCCCUGACUGCAAAAAGAGGAAUAUUUGGCAAAACAGGAGAUCUUCAGACCAUCCUUUGCCUUGCAUGUGCCAAAGAAGACAUCACCUAUUCUGGUGCUUUAAAUGGCGACAUCUAUGUCUGGAAAGGGCUCAACUUAGUCCGCACUAUUCAAGGAGCACAUAGUGCUGGAAUCUUUAGCAUGUAUGCUUGUGAAGAAGGCUUUGCCACUGGUGGGCGAGAUGGUUGUAUACGAUUAUGGGAUACUGAUUUCAAACCAAUAACCAAAAUUGAUCUCAGGGAGACAGAACAAGGAUAUAAAGGCCUCUCCAUCCGGAGCGUGUGCUGGAAAGCAGACCGCCUUCUAGCAGGGACCCAGGACAGUGAGAUAUUUGAAGUGAUCGUGCGAGAGCGGGAUAAGCCGAUGCUGAUCCUGCAGGGCCACUGUGAGGGGGAGCUCUGGGCUCUGGCUUUGCACCCCAAGAAGCCCCUGGCUGUGACAGGCAGUGACGACCGCUCUGUCAGGCUGUGGAGUCUGGCUGACCAUGCCUUGAUCGCUCGCUGUAACAUGGAAGAAGCAGUUCGCAGUGUCUCCUUCAGCCCCGAUGGGUCUCAGUUGGCCCUGGGUAUGAAGGAUGGCUCUUUCAUCGUUCUCCGAGUCAGAGAUAUGACAGAAGUGGUUCAUAUCAAAGAUAGAAAAGAAGUCAUUCAUGAAAUGAAAUUCUCUCCAGACGGUUCUUACCUUGCAGUAGGAUCCAAUGAUGGCCCCGUAGAUGUCUACGCUGUCGCCCAGCGGUAUAAGAAAAUAGGCGAAUGCAACAAGUCCCUCAGUUUCAUUACGCACAUCGACUGGUCUUUGGAUAGUAAAUACUUACAAACUAAUGAUGGUGCAGGAGAACGACUGUUCUACAAAAUGCCAUCUGGGAAGCCUUUAACAAGUAAGGAAGAAAUCAAAGGGAUUCCCUGGGCCUCCUGGACCUGUGUGAAAGGCCCUGAAGUGAAUGGAAUUUGGCCCAAAUACUCUGAGGUUAUUGACAUCAACUCAGUAGAUGCAAAUUAUAACAGCUCAGUGCUAGUGUCCGGAGAUGAUUUUGGACUGGUCAAAUUGUUUAAAUUUCCUUGUCUCAAAAAAGGAGCCAAAUUUAGAAAGUAUGUUGGCCAUUCUGCACAUGUCACAAACGUUCGCUGGUCCCAUGACUUCCAGUGGGUGUUAAGCACAGGAGGAGCUGACCAUUCCGUUUUUCAGUGGAGGUUUAUUCCGGAAGGUGUCAGUGACAGCAUACUGGAAACCACACCCCAGGAAGGUGGCACAGAUUCCUACAGUGAAGAAUCUGACUCAGAUUUGUCUGAUGUUCCUGAACUGGACUCUGAUAUCGAGCAAGAAACUCAAAUCAAUUACGAUCGUCAGGUUUACAAAGAAGAUCUACCUCAGCUAAAGCAACAAAGUAAAGAGAAAACCCAUGCAGUGCCCUUCCUCAAGCGGGACAAGGCUCCUGAGGACAGCUUGAAACUCCAGUUCAUUCACGGUUAUAGAGGCUACGACUGUAGGAACAACCUGUUCUACACACAAGCUGGAGAAGUGGUGUACCACAUUGCUGCAGUUGCUGUUGUGUACAACAGGCAACAACACACCCAGAGGCUGUACCUGGGGCACGAUGAUGACAUUCUCAGCCUGACCAUCCAUCCAGUGAAAGACUACGUGGCCACUGGGCAGGUUGGACGAGAUGCUGCUAUUCAUGUGUGGGAUACACAAACCCUAAAAUGUUUGUCGCUAUUGAAAGGACAACAUCAGAGAGGCGUAUGUGCUCUCGAUUUUUCAGCUGAUGGAAAAUGUCUGGUGUCAGUUGGUUUAGACGAUUUUCACAGUAUUGUAUUUUGGGACUGGAAAAAGGGAGAAAAGAUAGCCACGACAAGAGGACAUAAAGAUAAGAUAUUUGUGGUAAAAUGUAAUCCACACCAUGUUGACAAGCUGGUUACAGUUGGGAUUAAGCAUAUCAAAUUCUGGCAACAAGCAGGUGGGGGCUUCAUCUCUAAAAGAGGAAUUUUUGGAAGUGCUGGGAAACUAGAAACAAUGAUGUGUGUUUCUUAUGGGAGAAUGGAAGAUCUAGUGUUCUCAGGAGCAGCUACUGGGGACAUUUUUAUCUGGAAGGAUGUUCUACUACUGAAGACAGUGAAAGCUCAUGAUGGGCCUGUGUUUGCUAUGUAUGCAUUGGAUAAGGGCUUUGUAACAGGUGGAAAGGACGGAAUUGUGGAGCUCUGGGAUGAUAUGUUUGAAAGAUGCUUGAAGACUUACGCCAUCAAAAGGGCAGCAUUGUCAACUAGCUCAAAAGGUCUGCUUUUGGAAGAUAACCCUUCAAUUCGUGCCAUCACUCUGGGGCAUGGACAUAUCCUGGUGGGGACAAAAAAUGGGGAGAUUCUAGAAAUUGAUAAGAGUGGCCCAAUGACACUGCUUGUUCAGGGACACAUGGAAGGAGAAGUGUGGGGACUGGCCGCACACCCUCUCCUGCCCAUCUGCGCAACAGUGAGCGAUGAUAAGACACUAAGGAUCUGGGAAUUGUCCUCCCAGCACCGUAUGCUGGCAGUACGGAAACUCAAAAAAGGAGGAAGAUGCUGUGCCUUCUCCCCUGAUGGGAAAGCCUUGGCAGUCGGCCUGAAUGAUGGAGGUUUCUUGGUGGUAAAUGCUGACACAGUAGAAGAUAUGGUCUCCUUCCAUCACAGAAAAGAAAUGAUCUCUGAUAUUAAAUUUUCAAAAGAUACAGGAAAGUAUCUCGCUGUGGCAUCCCAUGAUAACUUUGUGGAUAUUUACAAUGUACUUACAAGCAAGAGGGUUGGCAUCUGUAAAGGAGCUUCUAGUUACAUCACACAUAUUGACUGGGACUCUAGAGGAAAAUUGUUGCAAGUUAAUUCGGGUGCCAAAGAACAACUUUUUUUUGAAGCUCCAAGAGGCAAGAGGCGGAUAAUCAGGCCUUCGGAGAUUGAGAAGAUAGAAUGGGACACAUGGACCUGUGUCCUGGGGCCUACCUGUGAGGGAAUCUGGCCAGCUCACAGCGACGUGACUGACGUCAAUGCUGCCAGUCUUACCAAAGACCACUCCCUCCUAGCCACCGGGGAUGAUUUUGGUUUUGUUAAGCUUUUUUCAUACCCUGUCAAGGGACAGCAUGCAAGAUUCAAGAAGUAUGUGGGGCACAGCGCACAUGUCACCAACGUGAGGUGGCUGCACAAUGACUCGGUGUUGCUCACAGUAGGAGGCGCUGACACAGCCUUGAUGAUCUGGACCAGAGAAUUUGUGGGGACCCAAGAGAGCAAGCUGGUGGAUAGUGAGGAGUCAGAUACAGAUGCAGAAGAGGAUGGAGGUUAUGACAGUGACGUUGCUAGAGAGAAGGCCAUUGACUACACCACAAAGAUCUAUGCUGUGAGCAUCAGGGAAAUGGAAGGCACCAAACCACACCAGCAGUUAAAAGAAGUGUCCAUGGAAGAAAGGGGAUCAAGACCACCUGUUAGCCGAGCAGCUCCCCAGCCUGAGAAACUCCAGAAGAAUAAUAUCACCAAAAAAAAGAAACUGGUUGAGGAGCUGGCUCUGGACCAUGUGUUUGGCUACAGAGGAUUUGAUUGCCGUAACAACCUGCAUUACCUUAACGAUGGUGCCGACAUCAUUUUUCACACUGCGGCCGCAGGCGUGGUGCAGAACCUUUCCACAGGAAGCCAGAGCUUCUACCUGGAGCACACAGAUGACAUCCUCUGCCUCACAGUGAACCAGCACCCCAAAUACAGAAAUGUGGUGGCCACCAGCCAGAUAGGAACAACACCUUCAAUCCACAUCUGGGACGCCAUGACCAAACACACCCUCUCCAUGCUGAGGUGCUUCCACUCCAAGGGGGUGAAUUACAUCAACUUCAGUGCCACUGGGAAGCUCCUGGUGUCCGUGGGUGUGGACCCUGAGCACACCAUCACUGUCUGGCGAUGGCAGGAAGGUGCCAAGAUUGCCAGCCGAGGGGGUCACCUGGAGCGUAUAUUUGUGGUGGAAUUUCGCCCCGACUCAGACACACAGUUUGUAUCCGUCGGGGUCAAACACAUGAAGUUCUGGACCCUGGCAGGCAGUGCCCUGCUGUACAAGAAAGGGGUCAUCGGGUCCAUGGAAGGGGCCAAGAUGCAGACGAUGCUGUCCGUGGCUUUUGGUGCUAACAAUUUGACUUUCACGGGUGCCAUCAAUGGAGAUGUCUAUGUGUGGAAGGACCACUUCCUCAUCCGGCUGGUGGCCAAGGCCCACACAGGCCCGGUGUUCACAAUGUACACCACCCUCCGGGACGGGCUGAUCGUGACUGGUGGAAAAGAGCGGCCAACCAAAGAAGGAGGUGCUGUGAAACUCUGGGACCAGGAGAUGAAGCGCUGCCGGGCCUUCCAGCUGGAGACAGGGCAACUGGUAGAGUGUGUACGCUCUGUGUGCCGGGGCAAAGGAAAAAUUUUAGUAGGAACCAAAGAUGGUGAAAUAAUUGAAGUUGGUGAAAAAAACGCUGCUUCCAAUAUCUUAAUUGAUGGACACAUGGAGGGGGAGAUCUGGGGCCUAGCCACACACCCCUCCAAGGACAUCUUCAUCUCUGCCAGCAAUGAUGGCACAGCACGGAUCUGGGACCUGGCAGACAAGAAACUACUAAACAAGGUGAACCUGGGGCAUGCGGCCAGGUGUGCAGCCUACAGCCCUGACGGGGAGAUGGUGGCCAUUGGCAUGAAGAACGGAGAGUUUGUCAUCUUGUUGGUGAACAGCCUGAAAGUUUGGGGGAAAAAGCGAGACCGGAAAUCUGCCAUCCAAGAUAUCAGAAUCAGCCCAGACAACAGAUUCUUAGCUGUCGGUUCUUCUGAGCACACGGUUGACUUCUAUGACCUCACUCAGGGCACAAGUCUGAACCGAAUUGGCUACUGCAAAGAUAUCCCAAGCUUUGUCAUUCAGAUGGACUUUUCUGCGGAUAGCAAAUACAUUCAGGUGUCAACAGGAGCCUAUAAGCGCCAGGUGCACGAGGUUCCCCUCGGGAAGCAGGUAACUGAAGCUAUGGUCAUUGAGAAGAUCACCUGGGCUUCCUGGACAAGCAUUCUAGGAGAUGAAGUCAUUGGAAUCUGGCCACGAAAUGCAGACAAAGCUGAUGUCAACUGUGCAUGUGUGACCCAUGCUGGCUUGAAUGUUGUCACAGGAGAUGAUUUUGGACUGGUGAAGCUCUUUGAUUUUCCAUGCACAGAGAAAUUUGCCAAGCAUAAACGAUACUUUGGUCACUCAGCUCAUGUGACAAAUAUCCGUUUCUCUUAUGAUGACAAGUAUGUGGUCAGCACUGGAGGAGACGACUGCAGUGUAUUUGUGUGGCGAUGUCUGUAAAUGCCAGAAUCUCUUGCAAUAUUCCGACUGCCUCCUUGCCAUCAGCUGCUGGGGAAUGCCUGUGAUGCUGUGGGAUGCACAAGCUACAAAUGCUGGCGUGGUGGUAGGACUGUCUGCAAUCUGGACUUCAAGACUGUGAUGCCAAGAAGGAAGGUAAAAUCCUCCAAUGUUAAGGCUGCUGCCUCUGUUCCUGAGACAAAACAAUACUUCAACUACACUAACAAUGAAAUCCUAUCUGAUGAUGUAGCCCACUGACAAAAUUUACAGCCUCAGUUACCCUAACCAGUAUGUAGCUUUUAAUUUGCAUCAAAACUUUUACAAGGGUGUUUUGCUAUUCUGUUUCUAUAUACUUCAAGAUUGUUCAUUUUUACAAAUAAGUUGAAUAAGACAGCUUGAGUUGGAAGCACUUAAGUACAGAAAUAUUGACAGCCUGUUCACCACAUUUAGCUUUCAAAACCAAAUGAGCCAUGUAUAAACAAGUUGAGAAACUUAAUUUUUACAAGUUUCAUUUGCAGUUUUAUAUCCAUUAAGUGCCUUUGAAAGUUCCCAGUUGUGUGGGCUGCUGUCUCACCUCCCAGAUCAUCUCCUUUCUACACAUGGUGCUAAAACUUCAACACUGAGGAGGGGCUACAGGACUAGCAGGCUAGGCUCACCGUCUGUCACUUAUGUCCUGUGUGUAUGUCUAGGAUUUCUUAGUAAGAGACAUCAGUUACCUGCUUGGGAAACAGUGGUUAUAAGGAAGGUGAGCAGCAAAGGAACUUAAAAGUCAGUGGGAGAUAGAAUGGAUUUUUAUUAUGUUAGUGCCAAAUCCACAAAAUCUGAAACAGAAUUCAAACAAAACUCCUGCCACUCCUACAAAAUGUAAAAGGGGGAAAACAUUCUUGAGUGUUUCUAAGUGAAUGAGCUGAUUUGUCUUGCUAAAUCUUAAAACGGUAGUGAGGUGACCAGAGGCUGCACUUGAGUUUACAUCCUUGGGUAGGGUUGGCUUGGCUCCGCUGAUUGUGUAUGACUUAUACAGUACAUCUGAAGAUUAAAAAAAAAAAAAAAUCUGUGGAAUAAAUUCCUAACUACAAGGAAUAUUUGAAUUUCCUCACAGAAUGUAACUUGAACAAUAUUAAGUGAAAGCCAGCCCCUAAAGCCCCUCAGUUCCGUUUACAGAGCCAACUACUGACUGUGCAAGAGGGCUAAGAGCACUCACUGAAAGAAGGCUAGUGAGGGACAGGAGCCUCUGCGCAUGCCACCUACUCCUUCCAGUCUGUGUAUUAAAUUCUGGGUCUUGAGUUCCUGGCUAUCUGCAGUUGCCAAUCUAGAGAAAGGGUGAAAUGAAGCAUUUUCAGUUAAAGAACAGAUUAUUACAAUGUACCACAAAAGUGCUUCAGCAUUGUUAAUGGACUAGAUUAUUCAUUAAGCUAUUUUUACAUGCCAAUUUAUUAAUGCCUUACAUUAAUCCACCAGUAGGUUGUUGGACCCAUAGUAGAGUCCCUAUGCAGCCCUAAUUCUGUUCUUUGUAACUGGUGAUGCUGAGUGAUAACCAUGUCUGCCUAUACUGUACUACUGACUUCAUUCUGACCAGAUCUCGCAUUUAAGUAAUUAUGUGAACAAUGAACCAAUCAAUGCUAUGUACAAGUGUAUUUACAGAGCAAUAGUGUCUAUGUGUCAAGACUUCUAAAGUCUUAUUUGUAAACAUUUAUAUGGUAUAAUUUUAUGUACAUUCAUAAAUCUUGCACUGUAUUCUGUUAAAAUAUUGGUGCAUGAAUUUAUUUUCAGUCAAAGCAUAAAAAAAUUUAAAACGUUUUGGUAUGGGUCAAAUAAAUUUGACUAUGAAAAUAUGUUCUUUGUUCUUUAGCUGUUCCAUGAAUUGAAAACCUUUAUAAAAGUGUGUGUUACACACGCUGUUUACCACAGUUUUCUACCCACUACCCGCCCCAUGCAUUCAUGAAACCAAACUACCACGCAAACACAUUUUGAGUCUAUAAGCUUUAUUGAUACUUUGCUUUUACAGUUCACAAUGCAUUCCACGGAUUUAAUUCAGUACAGCUUAAACCACAAUGGUAUAAGUCUUCAUUUUAUGAUUUCUUGCAUAACAGUAUUUGAUACCUGCAAACAUUUUGAAAGCAUUAAAUUCAGUCCAUUAGAUUCAGUUGUGACAAAAUUAACUAUACAGUAAAUCUCUGCAAUGAAGUUGGAGUUCCAUGUGUGUGGCAUUGUUUCGUUGAAAACAGAUGGUAGUGCUCCUAGAAAUGUUUUCUUUUCCUAGUUUAUGUGCUUUGAGACUAUACAUGUAUAACCAAUGACUCAAAUGUCAAGCACUGUGGGUCAGCUGGAAGGUAAAGAUCUAAAUUUUGUGAAACACUAUAUAUAGAUUAUAUCUAUAAUAUUUACUUAUAUUGGCAAUAUAACAGUAAAAUUCACAACACACCUAGAACAUACCAAAAGACAGUGUGGUAUGAUCUUGUCUAAA